CAGUUUGAAAAAUCUGCAAACAUACCCAAACCAAAUUUUCAGACCACUAAAAGAACAAUAAAAAAAAUGUCAGGCUACCCACACCUUCCUCCCGGCUCCGGCUAUGGAAGUGCUCCGCCAGGUCAACCCUACGGCUCGCCGCCCCAAGGGCAGCACCAACACCAGACAGCUCAACCCUACGGUGCUCCGUCUGCACCGUACGGCGCUCCAGCAGCACCGUACGGCGCGCCCUAUGCUCCAGACAAGCCGUACAAUCCAGACAAGCCUCACAAGAAUCAAGGUGGCGGAGGCGGAUAUCCGGCUCCUGCUCCGGGAUAUGGCAGCCCGUUCGCGGCUUUGGUUCCGUCGGUGUUCCCGCCGGGCACGGACCCGAACGUCAUAGCUUGCUUUCAGCUGGCGGAUCAGGACGGCAGCGGCUUCAUCGACGACAAGGAGAUGCAGAGAGCUCUGUCGUCGUACAAUCAGAGCUUCAGCUUGAGGACUGUUCAUCUUCUCAUGUACCUCUUCACCCAGACCAACACCAGGAAGAUCGGGCCCAAGGAAUUCGCUGCACUGUUCUACAGUCUUCAAAGUUGGAGGGGAGUGUUUGAGAGGUUCGACCGGGACAGAAGUGGGUUCAUUGAUGCAAAUGAGUUGAGAGAUGCACUGCUGAGUCUGGGAUUUGCUGUCUCACCUGUAGUUUUAGAACUGCUGGUCUCUAAAUUCGACAAGACUGGAGGCAAAAAGAGGGCCAUUGAAUAUGACAAUUUCAUCGAGUGCUGUCUGACUGUUAAGGGAUUAACCGAGAAGUUUAAGGAGAAGGACAAAGCGUACAAUGGUAUGGGAACUUUCAGUUACGAGGAGUUCAUGUUGACUGUCCUGCCAUUCCUCAUUGCGUAGGUUGUGUGUUGCUAAAGGCUUUAUGAAUUCGGUUCCGCGUCUUCCAGUGUUUUGUAAUAUCUAGUUCUUUCUUUCCUGUUUCUUAGUGGAGUGGAGUGCAAUAGCUGUAUUUUCUCACUGUAUAGCUUUCAUGUAACGAGGCUUCAGAGUCUGGUUUUACCAUGUUUUUUACUUUUGCAUCAUUUUCCUAUUAAAGGUUGGUGUCGUUGGAAAUAAAAUUUUGGGAAAUUUUAUUUAAAUCCAUC